UGCAAAAUGCUAAGGAAUAAUUUAGGCAACAGUUCAGAGUCCAGAAAUGAAGAUGGCUCCAUCUUUUCACAGACAGAACACAAUAUUGUUGCAACUUACUUGAUUAUGGCAGGUAUGAUAAGUAUUCUCAGCAACAUGAUAGUUCUGGGCAUCUUCAUUAAGCACAAGGAACUUCGGACAUGCACAAAUGCGCUUAUCGUUAACCUGGCUGUUACUGACAUAGGGGUCAGUAGCAUUGGCUAUCCCAUGUCUGCUGCUUCAGAUCUGAAUGGAAGUUGGAAAUUCGGAUAUGCAGGAUGUCAGAUUUAUGCUGUGCUGAAUAUCUUUUUUGGAAUGGCAAGCAUUGGGUUACUCACAGCUGUGGCCAUGGACCGAUACCUGACGCUCUGCUGUUCUCACACGGGAAGAAGAAUAACCACCAACACUUAUAUCAGCAUGAUCCUGGGGGCCUGGACCAAUGGCCUCUUUUGGGCCUUGAUGCCUCUCACUGGGUGGGCUAGUUAUGCCCCAGACCCUACUGGGGCCACCUGUACCAUAAACUGGCGGAAAAAUGAUACAUCCUUCAUUUCUUUCACGAUGACAGUUGUCGCAGUGAAUUUUAUUGCGCCCUUGACGGUGAUGUCUUACUGCUAUUAUCACGUCUCUCGAACCAUUAAGGGCCACACUGCUAGUAACUGCACCGAGGAUCUGGACAGAGAUUGGUCAGACCAGGUAGAUGUAACAAAGAUGUCUGUGAUAAUGAUAUUCAUGUUUCUAGUGGCCUGGUCCCCUUAUUCCAUCGUGUGCUUCUGGGCUUCUUUUGGUGACCCAAAGAAGAUUCCUCCCUCCGUGGCCAUCAUAGCUCCACUGUUUGCAAAAUCUUCUACAUUCUACAAUCCCUGUAUUUAUGUGGUUGCUAAUAAAAAAUUCCGGAAGGCAAUGUUUGCCAUGUUAAAAUGUCAGACUCACCAAGCAACUCCCAUGACCAGUGUUUUACCAAUGGAUGUAUCUCAAAACCCACUGGCUUCUGGAAGAAACUGAAAUAAGAGAAAAAGCGCACAUUGCCAAAACAUAUUAUUUACUUUUUCCCCCCAGUGGUUUAAUUUAAUUUGGAAUUUGAGUCCAAUUAGAUUACCUACUAAACUGUAAAUUCUUUGGAAUCUGAGUCCAAUUAGAUUACCUACUAAACUUAAAUUCUUCAAGUGUAGCUCAUAGGUCUUCUGCUGGCACACUUGUUACUCUAGUGAAUGUGUCUCUUUAUUUCCUUUAUGUGAACUUGCUGCUCAUCUCCUUUGAUGAAUCCAGGCACAUGAGUUUAAGGCCCCUUCUCUUUCACUCUGUCAUGCAUGGCAUGCAUUACACUGUAUUGAUAACCUGGUAACUUGCUUGGGUUCUAGAAGCAGCUGCUAGUUUAAUGUUAGAAUAAAUCAAUAAUAAUAGUUAAUAGUCUUCAAGAAGUAAUUACUGAAUGAGUUGCUGAAUGUUUCCAGCUAGAAUGGAAAACAUUUUUAGCACUUCACAAUUUUUAAAUUUUAAUGCAAUUAUUAAUUUUUACUAUUUGACAAAAAUAAUCAAUUAAAUACUUGCUUCUAAAUCAGAUGUCGGUCAAUGCACAUAUAUAUAUUUUAUAUAGCCAUAUAAUAUCUGUGCAUAUUAUUGUGUACUCUGCAUUUUUAAUCACAUUUUUUCUGUAUGUAUUUCCAUAUAUUUGCCACUAGAAAAAAGUUCAAUCAGAGUCAGGGUGUUUUUAUGUUUGUGCUUUUCUCUCCCAUCAUUUUUGUUUGUUUGAAAUUUAGUUUAUUAUAGUCAGAACACAACAUGAGAUCUACUUUCUUAAAUUUUUAAGUGUACAAUACAGUAUUGGUAACUUUAAGGACAAUAUUGUACAGAUCUCUAGAAUAUAUGCAUCCUGCUUAACUGAAACUUUGUGCCUAUAAAAUUAGCUGUGUGUUCAUUCUUUGAUCUCUUUUGCCUGGCACAUAUAAAUAAAUAUUUGUUGAAACUUGAAUGAAUUUGUAGACUCUCAUAUGGUCUUGUAAAUGACCAUUAAGCAUAGCAUGGUAAUAAACCAUUGUUUAAAAUAGUGUACAUUUAAAAUCCAUAGUAUCUUAUUUUAAUUUAGCAUAUUCUUCUGACUCUAUUGUUCCUAUGUGUAUUCUAUUUAAAUAUUAUUUCCUAUAAUUAUCAUAUUUUUAUAGAAUUGAUUUUCUUCUAAAACGUUUUUGGUGUAAAGAGGAUAGGUAGAACCACCCAACAGGAAGAUACAAUGCCUUAUAUACAUAUUACCUGUAUCGUUGAUCAUCCCUGAGGUGUCUCCAUCUUAGGUGUGGGUGUGGUUUUUGAAUUAUUUAAUUUAAUAUUUAUUUUAAGAAGAGGCUAAUUUUGCCAAAGACAUGACAGUUGAUCUUCAGAAAUGGUUUGAUGCCCAUAACUUGGGAAACUAGCUUGGAAUAAAGUGUAUUCUUGGACAGAGAUCACGGCCUUCUUCAAAAUAAAUGUUCUGGGAUAAGCCUUACUCUGCACAGAGAUGACCCAGGAUGACUGCAGGCCGCACUCUCCCUGGAGACUUAGUCUUGCCUAUUUAGUGGUGGAUUGAAGCAUUUUGCCUAAAAAAUCUAGAUACUGUUUAUUUUGUAAGAUAGCCAAUACAAGGCAAUAUUGAUAACUGUAAAUCAAUUUUAUGCCUUGUGCUUCUAUCUUUAAAGCUCAAUUUUAUAAACCUGAAUGUUAGGCAUGGUCAUAAAAAGCAAAUGCAAAAGGGAAAACUUAUAAAACAUAAAUAAUCUGCAGUAUUUUCUAGUAUUGGCUGAUAUACUGAAUUAUUUUUAACAUUAACUGUAUCUGAUAGGUAUAGUAGCAAUUAAAUUCAUAGAAAAGAGAUUUAAUUGGCAAUCCUUCCAAAUCUAGACAUGAGCAACUACUGAAAUUUUCUUGACAUGUGUUUGAUUUUCAUUUUCCUUAAAAUGUGUUACUUUGCUGAAACCAUAUUCAAAGUCUAGGUCAACUGAUCCCCCCUGCAAGAUACACUUGAAGGUUAAGUAACUAUAGAUCUCAGCUAAUCCUGUGUAAUCUGCUGUUACUAAAUGGCUGUUUGCAUUCCUGGCACACCAGUUUCUGAAUGCUUAGGAUUUGGCUUUUACCUCUGAAAACAGAGAUGCUUCUCUUAGCAUGUCUGUGCCUUGUGCUUAGCUUUUUGGAAGGAGUGAGCUGUGAGUGUCCUUCACAGUGCGCCUGCAGUUAUCAAGGCAGAAAUGAUGGCACGGGAUCAAGGUAUGCUCCUCCCCUUGCUACUGGGUGUUUUAGUGAUUCUGAGAAAAAGGACUCCAACAAGGCAGUCUUGUUUUGAAAGCAAACUGUUGAUUAGAAAUCAGAGAAGUUUAAUUUGAUUGCCUCCUCCAUUGUUUUUAUUUGAGUAGUUUAGCUCUUGAAAGCCCUUUAAAUUAAGACUGUCAAAUACAUUCUGUGUUACAAAAAUAUUCAUUGUACUUGUAUAUUCACAAAAUGUCCUUUCAGGAAGUCAAAGCACUGAAAUGUGUGUGGCCAGCUCAGCCUGAUGAUAGAAAGCACAAGGGGUCAGGGCCCCAGAAGGUGCUUGACAUGCCCACAUGAUUUCUUUCUGUGUGUUCAAUUUCAUUUUGAGGGUUAUUCAUGCCAACUGGAUAGACCUUAGGAAGUAAGAAGGAAUAUCACAAGAGUGAAGUUACAGAGGUUCAUAAUUAGAAUAUUUCAUUUUAAGAUAUUGGCAUUUACAAAGAAACAAGCUUUGAAAGAUACAGACUGACUCCAUCUGUUGCAGAAAUUGUGGGACCUCACAGAAGUUAUUUCACCUCUAGGUUGCUUUACCAUCUACCUGUGAACUGAAAAUAAUUACAUUCUUUUACUAUAUGAGUCUUUUGAGAUAGAAGUUACAAGUAAAAUGAAACUCAUGUUAGCUAAACAUGGUGAAUGUUGAUUUUUUUUUUGAGAGGUUAUUUAAUAACAAAAUCCUGUUUUUUUAUGACUUGGUUAAAGUGAACAGUGAGCCUCUUAAAGUAAUUUGUUAAAAGAAUUU